AUGAAGAGCCUUAACCUAUUAAUUGUUUUGGCCACCGUGGCUUUCCGCUUUGUUACCGCACUUCCGAGAGAUAAUUACAUCAAAUGGUCAUUCUCCAAAAAAAACUUUUUGAUAAAAAGACAAACUUGUCCAACUGAAUAUUCUUUAUGUCCAGAUGGCGUCAUGUGCUGUCUACCAGACCAGGUUUGCUGUGGAAAUCGUAUGAAUGGUCAAUGCUGUCCAGCGGGCACCGUUUGUCAAGGUCAAAUCGACUGGUGUGGUACUUCUUCUUCAUCCACCUCAAUUCCAACGUCUGAUUCAUAUUCUUCAAUUUCAAUCGAUUCUUCAAGUCCAACAGAUUCUGAAUAUCCAACAGAUUCUUCAUAUCCAACAGAUUCUGAAUAUCCAACAGAUUCUUCAUAUCCAACAGAUUCUUCAUAUCCAACAGAUUCUGAAUAUCCAACAGAUUCUUCAUAUCCAACAGAUUCUUCAAGUCCAACAGAUUCUUCAAAUCCAACAGAUUCUUCAAAUCCAACAUAUUCUUCAAAUCCAACAUCUACUUCAAAAAAUUCAAAUUCUGCUUCAAAUCGAAAUGCACCUUAUACUCCAACCAAAAACCCAAAUUCACAAUCUUCAAAUCGGAAUAUACAUGCUUCAAAUCAAAAUCCAAUGGCUACAAGUUCAAAUCGAAGUGAUACUAUUGUCAAUCAAACCGGACUUUCACUGGGUGUAAUUGCUGGUAUUGCGAUAGCAUGUGUAAUUUUUAGUUCUAUUAUUACAUUUUUGUUAAUGAAGAUACAAAGUUACAAAAAGCUUAUUAAAGAAGGUAAAGGAGAAGCAUAUGAAGAAGGAGCACAUGAGGACGAUAUACUUGGAUCCGAGCAGAAAGAAGUUUUAAAAGGUUAUGGAAGAUACUGGGAUUUUGAGGGACAAAAAGCUCAACAUAAACGGGAACGAGCAAAACCUGGUUCUCAAAAAAAUGCCACCAGUCAACUUAAAACGAAUGAAGCAGCGAGGACCACAAUAUGUCAAGUAUGUCGUAAUUCUUUUUUGUGUACCGUUAGACAAAAAGCAUUAACGGAACAUGCAGAAAAUAAACACCAAAAAAAACUUGAAGAUUGUUUCCCAGGAUUUGUCGAAAUGCCAAAGAAAUAG